CACCUUCAGUCAAGCCCCGCAACCUGGAUGACCGUUGCAAGGCCGCUGACAAGAGAAAUGGACGAGGAAGUGGUAAAUAUAGCACUGGGGGUGUCGUCGAUGUCCUAGUCGAGUGGAAGACGGUUGACACGGCCAAAGCCGACGCGGUCGGAUUCGGCAGACUCUACAAAUCUGCCAUGGAGACGCGCAUAUUCAAUAUUGCACGCCUGCUGGCUUCACACCACAAGCCGGUGGAGCUGAGAACUCUGGACUGCCUGGGAGUGGCCGUGAAGAAGGGCAGUACUGCCACGAAGCAUGACUACGGGCUAGUCUAUAAGCUUCCGUCGCCUCGAUAUCUCACCUUGCUGCAGGUUCUGCAGAAGAACAUCGACAAGAGCGUAGAUGAUAGGGUCAAGGUUGCCGUGGUUAUUUCCAAGGCGUUGAUGUUUCUCCAUCUUGCAGGAUGGCUGCACAAAGGCAUUCGAAGCGACAAUAUCCUGUUCUUUGAGAAUGAGGACGGAGUGUUUAGCUGUGGUCAGCCAUACCUCGCCGGCUUCGAGUAUUCACGAGAGAGAGGGGAGAACCAUGAAAGUGAAGGGGUCACGGAUGAUCUAGAAUGGAAUCUCUACCGACAUCCCGAAGUUCAGGGGCUGCCGGAGGAGGCCCUGGACCCAUCGGCUCCCCAGCCUCAACAAACGGCGCGCCCAAGAUUCUCCGCCCGGCACGACAUUUAUAGCUUCGGGAUUGUCCUCUUGGAACUUGGACUUCGGGAGUCCAUCAUGUCCAUUUAUCAACAGGCGACAAGGGAUCCGUGGUUCGGAAGGCAUUCAGCUACUUCAUUCCGCCAGUGGCUGCUUGAUAAAAAAGUUCCCCAGCUCAGCCAAUUGGCCUUCCAAGGCUAUUGCGAUGUUACGAGGCGUUGCAUAACGGGCGAUUUUCAGAUUGAACCCGGGGAGUCACUUGAACAAUCAUUCUACAGGCAAGGGGUCCAUGUACUACUUCGAGGUCUUGAUCUCUCUCACGCUUAAGUAUGGGGGUAUGCAUAACUUGGUCGUCUCUUGAGGGAUGAGGAUCAAUGGCAUACACGAAAUCAAUAAUGAAUGAAUCAGGUGGGUUAGGAACGGCACGAGAUAUCACAUACCACGCCGGGACUCCAAGCACUUGGACAGCAACAUUUGUUAGUAAAUACGGCAAUAAAUUAUUACGAG